UAGCUGCGACAUGCAGCAGAGCAAAAGCAACAGCUAACCCGCUGAAAUGUCUCCCGGAGACCACGACCCAUCUCUCAAUAAUCGCCCGUGGGAACACAUUAUAGUUUCCCUCCUCUGAUAGAACGCGCGGUGACGGAAUGAGUGCAGCAAAAUGCCGACUUUCUGAGUUUAAUUCCCCCGUUUCGCUCGGCGCAGCGAGGCAGCGGGUCUUUUUCCAAAGUUGACGGUUAGCAGCAGGGCGCGUGUGAAGGAUCGGACUUAAAGGCGCAGUACACCGCCGCUGCAGCCUCCCAACAUGGAGAAGCAACAGAGCGACCUGGAGCGUGAACGACAAUACUGUGAACUUUGUGGGAAAAUGGAGAACCUCUUAAAGUGCGGUCGGUGCCGGAGCUCCUUCUACUGCAGCAAAGAGCACCAGAAACAGGACUGGAAGAAACACAAGCUGGUUUGUAAGGAGGUGGAUAGGUCUCUUAUUCCGAAACAGAAGCCUGGAGACGGAGAAGGCAAGAAGCAUCGAGAACAGAGUGGAGCGGAUUCUGCAACCUCACCCCAACAUUUAAACACAGAAGCACCUGCUCACAAGGAUGGACCGGGAGAAGUGGGCUCCAACACCCCCACCACGCCGAAUGGCCAGAGCAGCCUCUCCCCUCAGAAACUGGCCAUGGAGUGCAUCGUCCCGUGUAUGAACAGGCGCGGCAUCUGCGUGGUAGACAACUUCCUAGGGACGGAGACCGGACUGGGCAUUUUGGAGGACGUUAAGGGUCUGUACAAGACCGGCAGGUUCACAGACGGCCAGCUGGUCAGCCAAAAGAGCGACUCCACUAAAGACAUCCGAGGGGACAAAAUAACCUGGAUAGAGGGGAAAGAGCCUGGCUGCGAGAAGAUCGGCUUCCUGAUGAGUCGGAUGGACGACCUUAUCAGACACUGUAAUGGCAAUCUGGGGAACUACACUAUUAAUGGAAGGACUAAAGCAAUGGUGGCCUGUUACCCGGGAAACGGAACUGGUUAUGUGCGCCAUGUGGAUAAUCCCAAUGGCGACGGACGCUGCGUCACAUGCAUAUAUUACCUUAACAGAGAUUGGAAUGCCAAGGAACACGGUGGCCUGCUUCGAAUCUUCCCUGAAGGAAAGGCCCAGUUUGCUGAUAUAGAGCCAAAAUUUGACCGUCUGCUACUCUUCUGGUCAGACAGACGGAACCCUCACGAGGUUCAGCCUGCUUUCUCCACAAGGUAUGCCAUCACAGUGUGGUAUUUUGAUGCCGACGAGCGAGCCAGAGCUAAGGAAAAGUACUUAACAGGUGCAGGAGAAAAGGGAGUAAAAGUUGAGCUCAACAAGUCAUCGGAUCCCAGCUAAUAGGAUGACUGCGUCCCGUGCAAACAUCCAUCAAGUGCUCUAUCCUAAGAAAGUGGCCUAAAGAGAGCAUGUGUGUGUUUUUAACAUAGGAACACAAGUUAGUUUUGAUGAGUGGGUGUAAGAUCUUUAUUUACAAAGACAAAGGAGAACAGAAUUCAAAUAUACACUACUCUCAGCUCAUUUAUGGUUAACCUGGGCGACCCAGAGGACAUUGAUUGUCAUAACAUUGUACUAAAAGGGAUUGUAUGCUUUUUGUUUUCUCCUCUUAUUCAUAGAGAAUGCGUCUACAGUACAGCUGAGCUGACUAAAGGAAAAAAAAGCUUUAGAUCCUGAUUGUUUUAAAUUGAUUCCUUAAAGGUACAGUGUUGAACUUUUCAUGUUUUUUUUUUUUCUUGCAUCAAAUGGGUUGUUAAAAUAAGCUACUUCAUGCACGUUAGUGUUCAAUAAGUUCAGGAAUGGCGCUAUUUGAUUAAAAACCAAUUGCUCUCUG